AUGACACAAAACAAUAUCUUCAGAAUCCCGCGAGGAGACAGCAUCAUAAACAAUUCCGCGGAAGAGGAAUAUCCUCAUAAAGAAAAAUGCCUCUCAAAAAGAUUCCUUCGCGGUUAUAUGGUAAAAGGAAAAGCCAUCUUUAUGAGACACCCAGAAAAAAAUAUCAUCGAUAUAACGCAAAGAAACCAUCUCUAUAAGGAUGACGAGCGAAAGAAUAUAUUAAAAAUACAACGCGGUAAGAUGAAUCUUCAGGAAAAAAGGUGCCCCACAAGGGAGGAUACCUCAGAAUGA